GAGCGAAUUUGUUGAGUGCACGUUGUUUGCCAUCGCAGCAAUUUUCUGCAUAAAUAUUCUGGUUGUGACAUAAAAGUUUGGCCGCAAUGAGCGAUUCAAAGAAACUGCAACGCAGCGACUUGUGCCGUGUUCCAGAAACCAUUAAUUUUCCGGCUGAAGAGGAAGCGGUGCUAGAGCAGUGGCAAGAGACAAAAAUUUUUGAGAAGUGCAGUCAGCUCUCAAAGGGUAGACCUAAAUACACCUUUUACGAUGGGCCGCCAUUUGCAACCGGCUUGCCGCAUUACGGCCAUAUUCUGGCCGGCACCAUUAAGGACAUUGUGACACGCUAUGCCUAUCAGCAGGGCUACCAUGUGGACCGUCGCUUUGGCUGGGAUUGUCAUGGCUUGCCAGUGGAGUUUGAAAUCGACAAGCUGCUCAACAUCCGCGGUCCGGAGGAUGUGGCAAAAAUGGGUAUUGCCGCAUACAAUGCGGAAUGCCGCAAGAUUGUCAUGCGCUAUGCGGACGAGUGGGAGAAGAUUGUGACGCGCGUGGGACGCUGGAUUGAUUUCAAGAAUGACUACAAGACGCUGUAUCCUUGGUACAUGGAGUCCAUCUGGUGGAUCUUCAAGCAAUUGUAUGACAAGGGCUUGGUUUAUCAGGGCGUUAAGGUGAUGCCCUAUUCGACGGCAUGUACAACAUCCUUAUCGAACUUUGAGGCUAAUCAGAACUACAAGGAUGUUGUGGAUCCUUGCGUGGUGAUUGCGCUGGAGUCGGUAACGCUGCCCAAUACCUACUUCCUUAUAUGGACUACCACGCCUUGGACACUUCCAUCGAAUUUCGCUUGUUGUGUGCACCCCACAAUGACGUAUGUUAAGGUGCGCGAUGUUAAAAGCGAUCGUCUCUUCAUAUUGGCCGAGUCCCGACUUUCGUAUGUCUAUAAAACGGAGGCAGAGUACGAGUUGCUGGAGAAAUUCGAGGGACAAACACUCAAAGGUCUCCACUAUAAGCCGCUGUUCCCCUAUUUCGAAAAACGCGGUGCCGAGGUCAAGGCUUACCGCGUGCUAGUGGAUGAAUAUGUAACGGAGGAUUCCGGUACGGGAAUUGUCCACAAUGCGCCUUAUUUUGGCGAGGACGAUUAUCGUGUGUGCCUGGCAGCAGGCCUUAUCACAAAGUCCAGCGAUGUUAUAUGCCCUGUCGACGAUGCAGGUCGCUUUACCUCCGAGGCGGUCGAUUUUGCGGGUCAGUACGUUAAAGACGCUGACAAAAACAUCAUAAACAAGUUGAAAGCUACGGGAAAUUUGGUGUCCAGUGGACAGGUGAAGCAUAGUUAUCCAUUCUGUUGGCGCUCAGACACGCCACUGAUCUACAAGGCUGUACCCUCGUGGUUUGUACGCGUGGAACAUAUGUCAAAGAACCUGUUGGCCUCCAAUGCACAAACGUAUUGGGUGCCGGACUUUGUGAAGGAGAAGCGCUUUGGAAAUUGGCUUAAAGAUGCCAGGGAUUGGGCCAUCUCUCGUAAUCGUUACUGGGGUACUCCCAUACCCAUCUGGCGUUCGCCCAGCGGUGAUGAGACCGUAGUCAUUGGUAGCAUCAAGCAGCUGGCUGAGUUGUCGGGCGUGCAGGUAGAAGAUUUGCAUCGCGAGAGCAUUGACAAUAUUGAGAUACCAUCAUCAGUGCCUGGACGUCCACCUUUGCGCCGCAUUGCACCCGUCUUUGACUGCUGGUUUGAAUCUGGUUCUAUGCCCUUUGCCCAGCAACAUUUUCCUUUUGAGAAUGAGAAGGACUUUAUGAAUAAUUUCCCGGCGGAUUUUAUUUCGGAAGGCAUCGAUCAGACACGUGGCUGGUUCUACACGUUGCUAGUCAUCUCGACGGCACUGUUCAACAAGGCCCCAUUCAAGAACCUUAUUGCCAGUGGCUUAGUGCUGGCUGCCGAUGGGCAAAAGAUGUCGAAGCGCAAGAAGAACUAUCCCGAUCCCAUGGAGGUGGUGCAUAAGUAUGGAGCCGAUGCCCUACGCUUGUACUUGAUCAAUUCGCCGGUGGUGCGAGCUGAGAGUCUGCGAUUCAAAGAGGAGGGAGUGCGUGACAUUAUCAAGGAUGUAUUUCUGCCUUGGUACAAUGCUUAUCGCUUCUUGCUUCAAAACAUUGUACGCUACGAAAAAGAGGAUCUGGGCGGUCGCUCUCAGUAUUUCUACGACAGAGCGCGUCAUUUGAAGAACAUGGAACAGGCAUCGGUCAUAGAUGUUUGGAUCUUGUCCUUCAAGGAAUCGUUGCUGGAGUUCAUAGCCACAGAAAUGAAAAUGUAUCGUCUGUACACAGUAGUGCCGCGACUAACCAAAUUCAUAGAUCAGCUCACCAAUUGGUAUGUUCGCCUCAAUCGCCGCCGCAUUAAGGGGGAACUGGGCGCAUCGGAGUGCAUACAAUCUCUGGACACACUUUACGAUGUGCUCUUCAGCAUGGUGAAAAUGAUGGCUCCCUUCACACCUUACCUCACUGAAUACAUCUUCCAACGUCUGGCCCUGUUCCAGCCGAAGGGCUCGAUAGAAAAUGCAGAGUCCGUUCACUAUCAAAUGAUGCCCGCCAUUCAGAGAAAGUUUAUUCGCAGCGACAUUGAACAGUCGGUUUCACUGAUGCAAUCGGUUGUUGAUUUGGGUCGUGUCAUGCGCGAUCGUCGUACACUGCCUGUCAAGUAUCCGGUCUCCGAAAUUAUUGUCAUUCACAAAGAUCCACAAGCGUUGGCUGCGGUAAAGAGUCUCCAAGACUUUAUACUUAGCGAGCUGAACGUCCGAAAACUGACGCUGAGUUCGGACAAGGAGAAAUAUGGCGUAACCUUGCGUGCUGAGCCAGAUCAUAAGACGCUUGGCCAACGCCUGAAGGGCAACUUUAAAGCCGUGAUGGCGGCCAUCAAGUCACUCAAAGAUGAUGAUAUACAAAAGCAGAUGGCGCAGGGUUAUUUCAACAUUCUGGAUCAGCGCAUUGAGUUGGAGGAGGUGCGUGUAAUUCUAAGUACGUCCGAUCAAGUAGGCAGCAACUUUGAAGCUCAUAGUGAUAACGAGGUGCUGGUACUAAUGGAUAUGACGCCAAAUGAGGAGCUAUUGGAGGAGGGAUUGGCACGCGAGGUGAUCAAUCGCGUGCAGAAGCUGAAGAAGAUAGCUCAGCUAAUACCCACCGAUCCGGUGCUUAUAUGCUAUGAAUUCGAGAACAGCAGCAAAAAUAAAAACCAAAAGGAGGCACAGGAAGCACAGGCACAACUUCAAAAAGUACUUAUCAACUAUGCGGGCAUGAUUAAAACGGCCGUCAAGUCGGAGUUUUUGGAAUAUACGGACGAGAAAGCGGGCAAGAAACACGUUAUUGCCAGCCAGCUGUGUGAUCUAAAAGGUGUGCCACUGACCCUGUUCAUUUUAUCGACGCAGGAUUUGCAACUGCCCAGCCUGCCGUGGCUAAAUGUGGCGCUGAACGCAGAUAUAAAGCCACGAUUUGGCAACAGCAGUAAGGCGUCCAUAUUAUUGCAGCACAGCGAAACCAAGCAGUUGAUAACGCCGCAAAUCCUGCGCCGUGAACUGGAUCUGCUGUUUGGUCUCUACGGUGUUAGCUACAAUAUGUAUGUGCUCGAUCAAAAGCAGAAAUUUAGCGAGCUACGGAAUAUUGAUAUAAGUCUCAGCGGCCAGCUGUUGGUGCUCGCACGUAAUACCGAUGCCCUAAAGCAGUCUAACUAUCAGGUAACCAUCGGACCCUAUUCAAGAUUUUUAAAUCAACCUUCUGGAAGUACGCUGUUUACCGAAAAUCCCACUGGUCACAAUCUGGCGUAAAGGACUUGUUAAAAAAAGCCAAAACUUCAUAAUCGCUUAAAUAUUUGUACAAGAAAUUUAAUGAACACGUAAUGUAGCUGGCUUUAAGUAGAAAGCUUAGCUUAUUUGUUAUUACAUUUAAAAUAAAUUGUGAAGCACA